AUGGACGACGACGAUUUAUUAGCAAUUGCAUUUCUGUUAACAAUAAAGAAGAAAAAGAAACGACGGUAUUGGGUACAUCAAUUAAAUACUCGGAGAAUCUAUGAGAGUCCGUUUUGUCUGAAGAGAGCUAAGUUACGAGCACAUCCAGAUAAACUCUUUGGUUUCAACAGGAUGUCAAUAAAUUCUUUUGAUGAACUUCAUAAUGGCAUACAUGAUAAAGUAAUAAAUCAAAAUACCUGCAUGAUUGCAUUCGUAACGUACGUACGGAAUUUAUACCGUUUGGAAAAUAAGCGAACAUGUGCAACUAUACAAAUGAAGACUCCGUUCUAUGAAACCUUAGGACAACCUUUGAUAUACUAUGCACAAGUGGUUAGUAUUCCAAUAUUAUCUCUUAGAACUUCAAAAAAGUAUGGAAUAAAUGCAUCUAAAGCUGUGCACUUGCCCAAGGUGGAACGUUUACCACGACAAUCGGAGGCACAUACUAGACGCGAGUUCUGCGAGUUUGCAUCGUGGUUAGACAAGAAAUAUGACGAGUUUCUUGAACACAAACGGAGUGGCGAAUGCUGCCAAGCCUGGGCAAAGGAACCUUCACCCUGUCCGGCAGAUAAAAAUAACAGACACUUGCAAAGUUUAGAAUUUAUUAUGGAACCAAAAGAAUUAAGUUGUCCUGCUUCAGAUUAUAACCAACAAACACCUUUAAACAAACCAUCGAAAGUUUCGAUAAUAUCAUCAGAGUCACACAUGUCAAAGAAAACAGUGGUUAAACACUGCAGUGAUACGAAAAAUGUGAUUCGUGACAAAUCCGUAGGCGAACCUUAUCCUGUACCAGUGGAAAUGACCAUCAAAAAUGAACCAAUCGCCGAUGUUUUACCAAAACAAAGCUCGCAUUUUAAAACAUCAGUCGAUUUAGGGGAACAUAAGCAAGGUUCUUUUUACAAAGCAAAAGACAGUAUUUUCAAGUAUCCCAGAAAGAAAUUAGUGACUGUUGAUACGAAUACGCAGUAUGAAGAUGCGGAUUGGCUGUCACAUAUCAAACAGUCCAAUUGUGAUUGUCGUCCGCUUAAGAAUACAUACACAUUACCAUCAGGACGUACGCAAGCUUACGAAAAUACAGAAAGGUACUACAAUCCAAUGAAACUAACGGACGUCUCGUGUGAGUGUACAUUUGAAUUAAAUUCAAGAGUUGACACUGCACCUCAGUGUGAACAGAAAUAUAGAAAUGGCGAAUGUAACUGCAACUUGAACGAAUUAGCGUGUGUGGAAAAAAAUGCUGGCGUAGACAAGGAAUCUAUCACCCAGUGUCCAAACAAAUCAAAGCCAUUACAAAUGCGUCUAAAAACUUCGAACAAUGAAACAUCUACCACAAUUGUUUCCAACAAAAAUAGAGAGAAUGUUUUUAGUUACGAUAACUCUCAGCAAACUUCAGAUUAUUCAAUAGACUUGGAGAAGCAUAAUGUACGGAAAUACCCACUUUUUAUGAAAAUAGUUUACGCUGAUAAAUUAAAAGAAGAUAAGUCUCGAUUUUAACUUUUUAAAUCAUUUUACAGUGAAUCUGAAGGUGAUUAAAACAGAAAAUAAUUAUAAAGUUUUAUUUUUAUUUUGUAAAAAAAAUCUUAUAAUAUUUUUGCUUACAAAUACUGUUUGCAAAUGAGUAUAGCAUACAAUAUUCUGCACAAUAUAUUUACAUAAGUCUUACAAAAGGCUAUUUACAUAAUUUAUUUAAGAUCAUUAGCCUGUCAGUUCGGUGGGCCGUACGAACCGGCAGGUUUUGAGUUAGGUAAG